AUGGAUCCUGAAGGAACAAAGUUUGGACAAGGACCAAAAGAGCUGACCGGUGCUGUAGAUCUCAUAAGUCACUACAAGUUGCUUCCCCACCAUGAGUUUUUCUGCAAGCGAUCACUUCCUGUAUCAAUCUCAGACACACAUUAUCUUCAUAAUGUGGUGGGAGACACAGAAAUUAGAAAAGGAGAUGGGAUGCAGUUGGAUCAACUUAUUCAGAGUACAUCAUAUUUCAGUAAACCACGGAUACAGCCUUUUGACCUAGAUAUUCUCAGAGAGGCUUUCCAUCUUAGAGAAACAGCUCCUAUUGAUUUGCCACUCGCCGAUAAGGGGACUCCAACUAUUGCAGCGAAAUCAAAGAGUGAGUCUAAAGACAAGGAGAAGAAACACAAAAAGCACAAAGACAGAGAUAAGGAGAAGGAUAAAGAGCACAAGAAGCACAAACACCGUCAUAAAGAUCGAAGUAAAGAUAAAGACAAGGAGAAGAAAAAGGAGAAAAGCGGGCAUCAUGAAUCGACUGGUGAUCACUCGAAGAAACACCAUGAAAAGAAAAGGAAACACGAUGGAGAUGAAGAUCUUAAUGAUGUUCACAGACACAAAAAAAGUAAGCAUAAGAGCGCAAAAAUUGAUGAAGUGGGUGCAAUCAGGGUAGCUGGCUGA